CCCGCCCCGCAGGGCGACGUAGGGCUGGCCAUGGGGAAACUCUAUGGCAACGACUUCAGCCAGACGACCAUCUCCCGCUUCGAGGCCCUGAACCUCAGCUUCAAGAACAUGUGCAAGCUCAAGCCGCUGCUGGAGAAGUGGCUGAAUGACGCUGUGUCGCUGCCCCAGAACCAGAAGCCUACCUCAGAGGAGAUCCUGCUGAUCGCAGAGCAGCUGAACAUGGAGAAGGAGGUGAUCCGUGUCUGGUUCUGCAACCGCCGCCAGAAGGAGAAACGCAUCAACCCCUGCAGCAGCACCCCCAUGCUGCCCGCCCAGGGCAAGCCCCCCGGGUACGGCCCGCACAUGGUGACGAGUCCGGGCCCCGGCGUGAGUCUCCCGCUCUCCCAGGCCUCCAGCAGUCUGAGCACAACAGUGACUACCUUAUCCUCGGCGGUCGGCUCCCUGACCCCCAGCCGGACGGGGGCGGGCGGGGGGCCUCCCGCCAUCAAUUCCGCCACGCCGCCCCCCACCAACAACACCAACCCCAGCCCCCAGACCAGCAGCCACGCGGCCAUCGGCCUGUCGGGCCUGAAUCCCAGCACGGGAAGCACAGUGCUAGGGGUGAACGCGGGGUUAAACCCGGCGCUAAUGGCCACCAACCCGCUGGCCACCAUCCAAGCGUUGGCCAGUGGUGGAACCCUGCCCAUUACCAGUCUUGACGCCAGCGGUAACUUGGUCCUGGGCACUACGGCCAGCACCCCGGGGAGCCAGAGCAUUGUCACCUCGCCGCUCUUCCUGAACCACGCGGGGCUGCCCCUGCUGAGUGCCACCCCGGGGGGAGUGGGGCUGGUCUCGGCCGCCGUGGCCGCCUCCCUGUCCAGCAAAUCCCCCAGCCUCACCUCCUCCUCCUCCUCCUCCUCCUCCUCCACCUGCUCCUCUUGCAGCUCCUCCAGCGAGGCGGCCGGGCCGCCCCCGGGCCACGCCGGGCUGGCAGCCUCCGAGCCGGACAGCAAGACGGAGUGAGGGGCGGCAGGGCGCUGCCCGCCGGUGCCGCAGAAGGAGGGAAGGCGGCAAGAGACGAGUGAAAGCAAAACAAAACUCUCAGCAGCAGCCAAAUGAAGAAAUCAACCAAAAAUAACCCAAAGUAGCCGAACCAAGGGACGAGAGCCGGAGAAACCAAAACCGAAUUCCCCCGGCACUGGCGAUUCGUGGCCGUGCUUUGAAUUUCUUAUUCCCUCCGACACACGCCCAAGAAACAGUCCUGGCCGCAGUCUGUCGUGGGAGCUGCCGCUUUCCCCGGAGCCCCAGCUCCUGGGGUCACGACGCUGGAGCAGAAUUGGAACUUUCCUCGAGGAAGCGAGGGGAAAAAAUCAGAUCUCCAGCUCUGAUGGGCCUGGAGAAAAUCUUGCGGCUCAUGACGCCGAAGGCGCCGAAAGCAGAAGGCAAAGAACCCAGAUUGGAUUGCGGUGUUUUGUUUUGUUUUGUUUCAUUUGAGAUCUCGUUUUUUCAAUGGCAAUCUCGCCUUUUAUUUACCGUUUGUUGAAAGCUGGGGGCUGGCCAGACGGGUGACUCAAGUCACUCUUCGGCCAGCGGAGUUGGUUUUUGGAAUUCCUUUUAUUUGAUUUUUCUCUGAGUGUUUCUUGGACAUUUUUUGGGGGGAAACAUAAGAAAAAAUAGGUGGGUUUUUUUGAUUGCACAGGAAGAAGAAAUAGGGGAAAUAAUAUGAAAAAAAAAAAUCUCACACCAAAAAACCCCAACCCAUGACCAGUCCUAGCUUCACCCAAAGGCUUUUUACAAACUUUUCUAACCUCUGUGUCCGGUCGAAUGUCUUUUGAAACCUUUUAUUUAUUAUUAAUUGAUUUUUAUUUGCCAUCUGGGAAGGGGCCUAGUGGGGGACGGGUGGGAGACUCUUUUCACGUCAGAGUCACGCUCUUAACAAACUCGCUUUUGCUUUCGAUUUGAUAAAUCUCUAUUUUUUCAAUUUGCUUUUAUUUUUGUAAAGAACUAACCGGGCGGGAGGGUGGCUUUUCCGUAGCGCUCGGGAGGAGGUUUCCGAAGGGGUUUUCGGAUCUGCCGGGUCUGCAUGGGGACGCUGUGCUUCAGUUUAACCGACCCGCCCCGGUCUGCAUGACCGACCCGCGGGGUUCUGCUUUUCCGAGUCAGACAGGGAGCUGCAGGCUGGUGAAAACGCCUGGUAGUGAGAGACUUCAGCAGCUUCUCAGAAAGGAGCUGGGGAGGUGACGUGAUCACAGCAUCUAAGUACUUUCAUGGGGAGAAAAUCUUUAACCUAGCGGAGAAAGGCAGAGCAAGAACCAAAUUAAAGCCGGACAAAUUCCAGUAAGGCCCAAUGAUUAGCAGUGCGAGGGACUAACCAUCGGGGCGCACAGCCCUGGGUGGCGGGGGCUACGCCAUGGUGGAUCCAGCCUGCGUGCCUUUCCGAGAGAUCUGUAACCAACCUCCAGUCGGGCAGCUGUUGGAGCUGAGGGACUCAACGACCCUGCGUAGCUUAGCAGGAACCCUAGCGUGACCCCGCCAUGUGUCCGCGGUGCACUUCAAGCUGCUCUGAAUCUAGCGAAACCCAAAUAAGCCUGAUUUAGCCUGGAAUCGGCGCAGCCGACGGGGCUUUGCAGCCAUCUGGCUAAAUCGCUUUAAACUCACCCCUCUGCUUAAACCGCUGCACGGUCUUCAUGCAACCCCCGGCUCCCGACCUUGCCAAGACUCUGGCGGGUGGGGACGCUUCCACACUUUGCGUAGAUCCGGUGCUGUCAACCGGGCUACUCAGAGUGCCGCAAGCGACUCACGUGCUCAGCUCUUUGCAGGAUUGGGACCUCGUCUCUCAGAAUAAACCUGAGCCUUUACCCCUCCCAGGGCAGGCAGCAAUGAAGCAGAGAUUUUUUUUAACAGAUGAAACUAUUAUUUGCUAAUUUAAUUUUUUCUACCAGUCUUUUUCCGUUCCGUUUUUUGGGUUGUCAGUUCAGCGCGGGUAUCUCUGGGGUUAUUUUUCUGAAGCAGGGGAAGGACAUAGAAUGGUUUAUUCUUAUUUUUAUAUCUAUGUUCUGAAACAAGAAUCAUAUUCCAGUGCCUGACAAAAAAAAUAGACAAAGAAAAACGGGAAUUUCAGCUUUCUUUACAUUUUCCAAAAGAAACCAAAAAAUCGCUGGAUCUAUGUACAGCAAAACAACGGCCUGAAGACUUUUGCUCUCACCGCAACGACUCGGGAUGCGAGAAAAAACUUUGAACCAAAAAAAUUCAUAACGAAGUGAACCAAGAAAACUCAAAUAUAAAACCUUGAAUUGAAGAAGAAAGGAUUUUAAACAAUGGACCUAAAGGGGCAUGUCGACUUUUUCUGACUAGACUGAUGGCCUAACGCUCUUUCUCUGUCUUGAAAAAAAUACCUCAUGGACAUGGCGUUGAGAAGCCCUGGUUUAUGUGACAAAAGGAC